UAAUGUAUAUUGAAAUAUAGUAUAUAUGUAGAUCACGGAAGACAUUCUUAAAGAUCUAGCACGCUUCAGUUUUUGUGUACAUUUCUUGGGUGACUUUCCAAUGUAGAGUAUACACACUGAAAACAAAAUUUUUCUGACGGCUUGAGUUCAAUGUGUACGAGAGAGAAGUGUAUAUAGACACUUACGAUAGAAAGAGAUAGAAACCUGCUGGAUAGCAAAGCUCAUCACUGCGAAAUGGUUUUAACCUGCUUACACGAAGUCAUUGAUAAUUUGUAUUGAGUAAUCCAUCUUGUUGACCAUACCUUUUUCAACUUUUUGGAUAAAUUUUGGGAUUUCUUUAAUAUUUGCACGUAGUGUUCCGCACUUUUAUGGAUUUUAGCAGUUCUAAAACCAUCGUUUCUGCAUGCUGUUGGCCUUCAACCUUUUCAUUUUUUGCUGUAUAUCUAAUAACUUGUUUGUGUAUCCAUCAACAGCACAUAAUUUAUAUAGUUUGACACCAUACUUGUGCGUUUUAU